UUAAUUAGUUGUCUACGUGAAUGAAGGAGUCAUUAUUUUCCAAGCUUUGAUUCCUCUUCCUUUACUCGGGAUCAUCAAUUAAUUACUUUAAAAUGCAGAGGCUAGUAUUUCUUGCCUUUGCAAUUCGUGGUUGUUUAGCGUCCCUGGAAAUGCAUCAGGCUGACUUCAAGCAUACGCCAUUCCCGGAGGAAACAUGCAGAAAUCAAGCUGAAGCCAAACACCCUUUGGACCCUUUGACACAUGACGAAAUUCAGAGUGCGGUCCAGAUAAUCGAGACGAAUAAAGGAGACAACGCUACUCGAUACAUUUACAACUAUAUUGCGCUAUUCGAACCCCCAAAGUCCGUCCUUUUGCCCUUCUUUCUCCAAGACUCGAUCCCCCCGGAGAAUAUCUACCCCCGCAAAGCUUUCCUCGUCCUUAUCGAAUGGGCGACCAAAUUCGUGUACGAAGCCGUCGUAAACUUGGGUACGAAACAGAAAGAAAGUUACAUCAGGAUUUACAACGUUCAAGCCCCCUUCACUCCGGUGGACUUACUGAAACCCGAAAUUGAAAUCGUGUUGACGAAUGAACUGGUACAGGAAAGGUGUGCCUCGCUGGGGUAUCCGAAUAUGAACUUGGUCGUAGGUGCUCCCUGGACUAUGGGAUAUGUUGAGGACAGACCAGAAUAUCGAGGAAAACGUAUCGUUCAAUAUUUUAUGUUUGGGAAGAACUUUGCCGGUGACAAUUAUUACGCCCAUCCACUCGAUUUUGUUGUCAUCGUGGAUUUGGAUCUGCGUCAAGUAAUUGCAAUAGAAGAUUUACCAACGCAUAAUAAUUUUAGUACGAACAAUACUGCUAACUCUGCCCCAAAGAUUGAGGCAAAUUACGACUAUCAUUAUCGAGGUGGAGAUAGCUUUUUUCGGCAAGAUGACAACCCAAUAACAACCUCAUCCCCUCUGGGACCAUAUUCCAUCCUUGGGAAUGAAAUUCAGUGGCAAAAGUGGAAAAUGCGGGUGGGAUUUAACGGUCGUGAAGGUAUGGUGGUGUACAUGGUGAGUUACAAUGAUGACGGACGAAGGCGCCCAAUCCUUUAUCGUGCCUCCGUAACUGAGAUUUUUGUUCCGUAUGGUGACCCAAGACCACCUUUCCACCGGAAAUCUGCAAGUUAACAAAUCAUCAAUAUCCCCCAAAACCUCACCAUCUCACCCUACUUUUCCCCCCUUUAGGUUUACGACAUGGGCGAAUACGGCCUCGGUUACCACACGGAUCAACAAACCCUGCACGAAGACGUCCUCGGAACCGUCCAUUUCUUCUCCGCCGUCCUUCACAACACGACCGGCGGCCCCGUCCCAUACAAAAACGCCAUCUCCUUGAGAGAAGAAGACGCCGGGAUUUCCUGGCAACACGCCGACUAUCGGACCGGCCAGGGAUUAAUCGCACGCUCCCACCGCCUCGUGCUCUCCACGUGGUUCACCCUGGGCAAUUACGACUACACCUUUUCCUGGCAGUUUUACCAGGAUGGGUCCAUCCAAUUCGUGGCAGGAUUAACCGGAAGCGUCAGCACGAGCAUGAUUGCCGCGUGGGCGACGCGAUCCGGGUUCGGAACCCCGACCGCGGUCAAGGUCAACGCUCAGCACCAUCAGCACUUCUUUACGGUCCGAUUAGACACGGAAAUUGACGGGACGUACAACUCCGUCGCCACGAUGGACGUCGUCCCCCUGAAAAAUGACGCCCAAAAUCCGUACGGACAAGGUUUUACGGUAAACGAAACGUUAUUAAGAACCGCGGGGGAGGCGCGGACAAAGAUUUCGCCGCUGACCGGGCGCACCUGGACGAUCAUGAAUCCCUCCGUGCUGCAUAAUUAUACGGGGAAACCGGUCGCCUGGAAGUUGAUACCGGUAAACUCGCCCCCACUUUUGAUGAGGGAGGACAGUAAGUUACGGACAAGAGCGGGUUUUUUGAAUUGGGACGUGUGGGUCACCCAGUUCAAGGAGGAUGAGCUUUUUCCGGGGGGAUUUUACCUGAAUAAUAGUGGACUUCCGGUUUGGGUGGGGAGCCAGCCGGAUGCUAAUGUUGAGAAGGAGGAUGUCGUAGUUUGGCAUAAUUUUGGGACGUGUCACAUCCCAAGAGUUGAGGACUACCCGUUGAUGAGCGUUGAGUUGACCGGGUUUUGGCUAAAACCUUACAACUUCUUUCUGGAAAAUCCUGCCAUAGAUGUGCCCCCAGCCAUGCAGUAAAAUAUCUACAUGCAAUCUACUCAAAAUUAUGAAACAAUGGGAAAACUUAUGAAAUUUUAAAAAGUAAUUAUACUCAUACAAUGAAAGGAAGUCUGCAAUAUAGU